GAGAAAUCGAGGAAUUGAGUAUAUAUAUGUAAUUGUGUGUGUUUUAAGAGAGGUUUUUGAUGACAAAUAAUGGAUCGGAGAAAAGCAAAGAAAAGACAUGGAGACGAUCGUCUUCAGCGUCGGAUGAACAUAUAUUAUUAUUGAGGGAUGGAUGGAGAGGGUUUGGAUCUUUUAAAUCGUUUUUAAAGGAGGAAUUGGAAGUAUUUUUUGGAGACGAUGAUAGUACUAGAAUGGUCAGUAAAUACGAUAUUAGGGAGGAGAUUGGUCAUGGAUCGUUUGGAUCGGUAAAUCGGUGUAUUGAUGUGUUAACAGGGAAAGAAUAUGCAAUUAAGGAGUUUUCUAAAGUACAAUUGAGAAAGGUUUAUGGAAAUUCACGAUUAUCGCAUUCUAGAUGUGAAUCAGAUUCAUUUAUAUAUAAUAAUGAUAUUUCGUUAUACAGACAUAUAAAAAAUAAUUAUGAGGAGAAUAAUCCAUUUUUCUAUAUUAGGAAGGAGAUAGAUAUUAUGAAAAAGAUAAAUCAUAGGAAUAUAGUUAAUAUGAUUGAUGCUUUAGAUGAUCCUAAUGGAGAUUCGUUGUAUAUAGUUUUGGAAAUGUGUGAAAAAGGAGUACUUAUGGAUUUGGGAAUGAAUAAAACGGCUACACCGUAUAGUGAAACAGAAUGUCGAAAAUGGUUUCGUGAUUUGAUGUUAGGUGUUGAAUAUCUUCAUGCAAAUGGAAUAUGUCAUUGUGAUAUUAAACCUGAGAAUUUGUUAUUAUCCAAAGAUGGGACAUUGAAAAUAACUGAUUUCAGUAUUUCAAAAAUGUUUACUAGAGAUGAUUCAUUUAGAAAAAUUAAAGGAACACCUGCAUUUAUGGCUCCUGAAUUAUGUUUUUCUGAUGGAAAUAUUGUUUCUGGUAAAGCUGCUGAUAUAUGGUCUAUGGGUAUUACUCUUUGGUGUUUAAUAUUUGGUUGUCUUCCCUUUUAUGAUUCAGAUAUUAUAAAAUUAUAUAAUAUGAUUAAAACUAAAGAAAUAAUAAUUCCACAAUAUGUUGCACCCUCUUUAAAAGAUCUAUUUCAAAAAAUUCUUGAGAAAAUUCCUGAAAAAAGGAUUAAAUUACAUGAUUUACGUAAACACAAUUGGAUCACUCAAGACGGUCUUGAUCCUUUGAUUACUUACGAAGAAAAUAUAUUGGGUUCUACUCAAAAUUCUACUUGCAACUUUGAUUCUUCUUCACUUUUAAAAAAAAAAAAUUAAUUUAGAUCUAUCCUUUAUUCCUUUUUUUACUGUAUUUCUUUUCAUU